AUGACGGUAAACCAAACAAACCCCGAGAUAUUUUACGUUCCAGCUACACCGCAUUCCCCCAAUUCCACCCUACCUGUGGUUGUUUAUAGAAAUGUACUUGUGGACAGGACAUCUGAAGAUGCGAUAAAGCUGCUCAAAGAGAAUCAAUGGAUCAAAGGAGGGCACUGGAAGAUAGCCAACGAGACUCUCGCGGCGACGCCACACUACCAUGCAACAACCCACGAAGCAUACACAGUCUUGCAGGGCACUGGAACAUAUAUGCUCGGCAAGUCGCCACUAGACCCUGAAACACACGAUAAUGGAAAACCUACUGGAGUGAAGUUUGUUGCUCGUCCGGGAGACGUGUUUGCUUGGCCAGCCGGAGUAACGCACUAUGUUACUGCCACCGAGGACGACUAUGAAAUCAUUGGCUUUUACGGCUUGACUGGAUUCAAUUCACUUGAGGAGCCCUACGAUAUGGAGUACGCACUUGAUUCAGUGGAAGAAACGGAGAGAAAGCGGGAAAGAUGUGAGCGGGUUCCUGGGCCAGAGUUUGAUCCGGUGUAUGGUAAGGAGGGGCCGAUGCCGAGGCUUUGGAAUAGAUCUUGGAAGAAAGACCAUUAUAAGGCGAAAUUAUAA